GGGACCGGGGUCCUCGGGCGCGUGGACCCUCAGGGCAGGCGCAGCGCGCGGCUGCCGGCCACCAUGCUCAAGCGCUGCGGCCGGCGUCUGCUGCUGGCGCUGGCGGGCGCGCUGCUCGCCUGCCUCCUGGUGCUCACCGCCGACCCGCCGCCGCCCCCGGUGCCCGCCGAGCGCGGCCGGCGCGCGCUGCGCAGUCUGGCCGGCCCCGCGGGGGCGGCCCCGGUGCCGGGUCUGGCGGCGGCGGGGGCCGCGCCCGGAGCCCUAGCCCGCGAGGUGCACAGCCUGUCCGAGUACUUCAGCCUGCUGACCCGUGCGCGCAGGGACGUGGGUCCACAGCCCGGGGGCGCGCCCCGAGCCGCCGACGGACAGCCGCGGCCCCCGGCCGAGCCGCUGACGCCCCGAGACGUCUUCAUCGCGGUCAAGACCACCCGAAAGUUUCACCGUGCGCGCCUCGAUCUGCUGCUGGAGACCUGGAUCUCGCGCCACAAGGAGAUGACAUUCAUUUUCACGGAUGGGGAUGAUGAAGAGCUGGCCAGGCACACGGGCAACGUGGUCAACACAAACUGCUCAGCUGCGCACAGCCGCCAGGCUCUGUCCUGCAAGAUGGCUGUGGAGUAUGACCGCUUCAUCCAGUCGGGGAGGAAAUGGUUCUGCCACGUGGAUGACGACAACUACGUGAACCUGCGGGCCCUGCUGCGGCUACUGGCCAGCUUCCCGCACACCCAGGACGUGUACAUCGGCAAACCCAGCCUGGACCGGCCCAUCCAGGCCACUGAGAGGGUCAGCGAGAACAAGGUGCGUCCUGUCCACUUCUGGUUUGCCACCGGCGGGGCUGGCUUCUGCAUCAGCCGAGGGCUGGCUUUGAAGAUGAGCCCCUGGGCCAGCGGCGGCCACUUCCUGAGCACAGCAGAGCGGAUCCGGCUUCCAGAUGACUGCACCAUCGGCUACAUCGUGGAGGCCCUAUUGGGCGUGCCCCUCCUCCGCAGCGGCCUCUUCCACUCCCACCUCGAGAACCUUCAGCAGGUGCCCACCUCAGAGCUCCAUGAGCAGGUGACGCUAAGCUAUGGCAUGUUUGAAAACAAGCGCAACGCUGUCCAUGUGAAAGGACCCUUCUCUGUGGAGGCCGACCCGUCUAGGUUCCGCUCCGUCCACUGUCACCUGUACCCGGAUACACCCUGGUGUCCACGCAACACUGUCUUUUAGAAGCCAUGGCUGAGGCCCCAUCCCUGGGCACCCCUGGUAUCCAAAGGGCCCGGGGACCCAGGUCAUGCACCCCGGCCUUGGCAUUCAAGGCUCCCUGGGGCUGGGCCCGUGUGUGCCCACCCUCAGCUGACUGCUGGGCAGUCACGCCGGUGAGGAGGGAGGCGGGAUUGCCCUUGUGCGCUUGUGCAUGCUGGGCCAGCUGUGAACUGGGGACCUUGGUAGUGUGGGGCUUGGGGGGUCCUUCUGCAGGGGUGCACUCUGGUCCCAUCCGGAUCCCAGAGCUGUCAGUGACAGCUCUGCCCACUUCCAGGCUCAGAGCCUCGCAGUGACCCUCCAGCCUGCCAGCCGGGCUCCCCUCCCAGCCACCCUGUGUGUGUGGGAGGGGGUCUUCUCGGCCCCCCACCCCCCAGGUCCUGCCUUUGUCUCCCCCACAGUGGCGGGGGCGGCAGAGCUGAGCGAAGUGUCUCCUCUCCGAAGCAGAGGAGAGUUGCCCAUAGUGGGCGUGGCUGUACAUACUGUGACAGUAUUUUUUUACUGUGCUGGGUUUUUUGUUUUUGUUUUUCUUUGGCAAGGGGGAGGAUAAAAGGGUUGGGGUGGGGUAUUUGUGUGUGUGUGUGUUUUCAGGGGCGGAGGGGGGGGAGGGUCUAAUUUUCUCUUUUUUCUGUGGAUCAGAAAAAGCAGAAGCCCAAUUUGGGCAGGCCUUCAUUUGUAAAGGUGACCCAGGAAUGUCGGACACUGUAUUUAUGCCUUCCAGUAUCUGGAACCCCCCCCUCCAACCCUCCCUCACCCCACCCCACCCUUGCUCUCCUCCCUGACAGCCCACAGGGCCCAGUACAGCUCCCCUAGGCUCACCGGCCUUGGAGGAGCACAUGUUGGGUUCAGUGUUUUCUUCGCAAAGAUGUAGCAAGAAAGCAACUUAAGGGGAAAAAGCUCUCAGGGAAUGGAAGCGUGGUUGCUAUGGUGACUUCUUGCUGUGAAUAAAGGCGUUCUUUGCAGAA